AAUGUGAGUUUUCACGUGAGGUGAUCCUAAUAGUAAGUCUCCAAUUCUUUUCCUUCUCAGUCCUGGGCCAUGGUUACCUACUCCUAAUCUGUGCUCAUGUGCUUUGUCACCUCCAGCCCACCUGUCUUGCAAGAGCACCAUUUCAUUCAGAGUGAUGGAGGGUGGCUCUCAUAGUGGCUCCCAGACCUUUUGUGCACAUUGCCCCUGCUGCCACGGGUACCAUCAGUCUUCUCUCUCUCCUCCUUGCCCCACAGGAAUCCCACUCUCCCUCUCCUUUUAUGGGCUUCACCACAACCCAAAGGUGUGGCUGAACCCAGAGGUGUUUGACCCAUCCCGGUUUGCACCAGGUUCUGCUCGACACAGCCAUGCUUUCCUGCCCUUCUCAGGAGGAUCCAGGAACUGCAUCGGGAAGCAGUUUGCCAUGAAUGAGAUGAAGGUGGCCGUGGCCCUGACCUUGCUUCGCUUUGAGCUGGCACCGGAUCCCUCCAGGGUCCCUGUUCCCAUUCCAAGAGUUGUGCUGAAGUCCAAGAACGGGAUCCACUUGCAGCUCAGGAAGCUCCUGUAAUCCUUGUUGGGGACAAGGACGAGCUCUGAGGGCCCCUGCCAUCCUGUCUCGCUGUCACUCUCUCCCGUCCUUGCCUCUGUGCCCACUUCCUGCUUCUAUCUGCCCACCUGCCGGCUUACCUCAUCUCCUGCCUCCUGCCCAUCAGACGUUCUGCCCUCCUCCUCUCACCUUUCUCCAGGCUCCCUAUCUGCUUAUCUCUCCAUCUGUCUCUGAUCUACCCGUGUCUCUGACUGUCCACCUAAAUCCUGAACGCCUGCCCUCCUCCAGUCUGUCUACUCUCUCCUUGUCUUUCUCCCCUUCUGCCGGCCUGUCUGUCCCUGAAUUCACUUCCUUUUGCUGAUAAAACAAUUGACCACAGGCUUAGGGACUUCAAACAACACAGAGUUAUUCUCUGACAACUCUGGAGUCAGAAGUUGGAAGUGGGUUUCCCUGGACACAGCCAAGAUGUUGGCAGGGACCCCUGUGCAGGGAUCUAGGAGAGGACCCCUCUCUUUGCCUUUUCCCACAUCUAGAGCUGCAAUCCUUGCAUACCUUGGCUCCUGGGCCCUCCUCCAUAUUCAAAUCCAUCAGCUUCUUCAAAUGUUCCCCUGCUUCUGUCUUCACAUCGCCUUCUCUUUCAUAAGGCCCUUUGUGAUUACACAGGCCCACUCAGAUAAAACAGGCUUGCUCUGAGUUCCGGGGAUUAGGACACCGACACCCUGGGCAGCCGUUACUGUAGCUGCUAAGUCCUGUGUGACUACCAUCGCCUUGGGCCCCCGAUCACUCCCGUGUCUUAUGGGUCUGCCCAUUUGUCACUCACCUGGCUUCCCCUCUUUUCCACUCCCUGGAUAAAUUCACAAUGUCAUAUGGA